UCCUGUUGAUGUUGUUUGGGUUGAAACCAUCGCAACCAAAGAAGCUGGCGUUAUUGCAGUUAUUGCUGCCUAGCUAAGUAGCUACAGGCUAACAUGGGGAAUUUAGGAUUAUUGUCCUCAGGACAUGAUCGGAGAUAUCCAUGGUGAUGAGGAUAUUUGGAUUUCAGCGCAGUAUGGUUGGCCCUCUGUCUGAGAAUGCCAGGUGAGAUUGAUGUGAAGGGGAGGCUUGAUGAAGUCUUUAAGAAGUACGAUCUUCCUCCCGUGGUGAGGAAGAAAGUGAAAAAGAAGCCAGAUGAGAAUCAAGAAAACAUUGUGGAGCUUGAAAACUUGAAGAAAAACCUAGAUUUGUCCAAAGACUCGGGAGACCAUGAAACGAUCCUCCACAAUACAUACGACCCGGCGGACGGGAGCCCUCGCUUCACCAAGAACCAGCGACGGGAGCGAGAGGUGUCACAUGAGAAGAAGCCCAGCAACCUGGGCAGCACCACCACCGCCACCACACCUCAGGACCCAACGCCCCUCCCCCACAGAGCUAAGAAGAAGACCAAGAGGAACUUGCCCGCUCCACCCAGUCUGCAUGCAGCCGAGGGUAGCGACCAGGAUGAUUGGACCACCGCCGGCCCCUCAGAGGUCAGUGCUGCACGGGAGUACGAUGAGCCCUACGAUGAGGGUGGUAGGCUGAAGGGCAGGCGUCGGAGGAAAAGCAAGGCACAAGGGGGAGGAGAAGAGGAGGUGAGAAGAGGAGGAGCGGUGGAUGCAGAUGAUGAGCUCCUGCAGGAGUACCAGCAGCAGCUGAGCCAAGAGGAGGCGCGCUCCUCACACAGGGGAGGAGUGGCUGGACACAGCUUCACCUCCUCCAGAGCUGAGGGGGUGUUGAACAACGAAGUAGGGAAGAAGAAAAAGAAGAAGAAGCAACUCAAGUCCACUGAAGGGGAGAUAAGUGUGCUACAGGAAGAGGCCCAGGAGAGGAACAGGUACUAUGAUCAGGAGGAAGGUACCGAGGUCGACGCUGAAUCCCUCAAGCCCAAAGGGAAGAAAAAGAAGAAGAAAAAAGAAGUUCUGACUGAGGAGAGCCAGACGGAGCUAGACCUCCCUGGACGACCUUUGUUUGAUGACAGCUUGGUGUUGGGAGUGUACAUCCACCGAUCUGACAGGCUAAAGACAGAUCUGCUAGUGUCCCACCCUAUGGUCAAGGUCCAUGUGGUGGAUGAAAUCACCAACCAGUAUGUGAAGAAGGAGGAUGCCCACCGGCCGGUCUCGUCCUUCUACGAGCGGGACAGUGUCGACCACAUCCUGCCCAUCAUGACGCAGCCCUUUGACUUCAAGAAGCGCAAGUCCACCGUGCCCGAGUGGGAGGAGCAGAUCGUCUUCAACGAGCGCUUUGGCUACCUCCUCCAGGAAGAGGAGGAAACGCCCAGGGUCAUUCUGUUUUUUGAGAUCUUGGACUUCAUGAGUAUGGAAGAGGCAAGAGUUCAUGCCAGGGCUGACCCCCAUGAACGAGGAUUUCGAAAGAUUGCUUGGGCUUUCCUGAAGCUUGUAGGCACCAAUGGGAUCUUGAACGUGGACAGCAGACUGAGACUGCAGCUCUACUGCGUGCCGCCCAGAGCCAAGAAGAUGCCCAACACCAUCGAGGUGGUGGAGUGGUGGCGCAAGUUCCCCCGCACCAGAUACGCCUCCACCCUCUACAUCACCGUCAAAGGCCUCAAGCUCCCCGAUCAUGUGGACCCCAGUAUGCGGUCCAUGAUGGCGUUGCAGCAGGAGAGGGGCACCACCUCCUACAGCGAGCUGAACAGCGAGGUGAUGAGGAGGACCAACAGCCAGAUGGACACCAAGCGCAGCAUCAUCAGGUGGAACCGCCUACCUGGACAGGUGUGCCGGAUUCCCAACAAGCCGCUGCUGGCGUUCCGCGGGGGCCAGAUGGGCUGCUUCACCCUGCGCUUCUCCCACCACGGCCUCAUGCUGGCAGCCGCCUGCGUAGACAAGGACGCCUUCCCCGUCAUAGUGUAUGAAAUCCCCUCUGGCAAAGUCCUUGCUUCCUUCAAUGGCCACCUGAGCCUGGUGUAUGAUCUUUGGUGGUCUAAAGAUGACAGCUGUCUGCUUUCAACGUCCUCUGAUGGAACUGUCAGGAUGUGGGAUGUAGACAGGCUCCAUAGUCUGGCUCAGAAGAUCCUGCCCCACCCCUCCUUCCUCUACUGCGCCCAGCUCCACCCCUCUGCACAGCACCUGGUGGUGACCGGGGGCUUUGACUGCGUCCUCAGGGUCUGGGACGUGGACGUGGACGAUGUCAACGGUCAUCUCCUGAAAGAGUUGAAUGGUCACAAGGCUUUCGUCAAUUGCCUAUGCUUUGACCAAGAAGGCUCCCGAAUGUUUUCCGGGGACAACGCUGGCAUGAUCAUAGAGUGGAAUGUAACUGUUGACGAACGCUCCAGCCAGAAUCCAACUCGCCUAUGGAAGAUUGAGAGGGAGAUCAGAGAGGCUGACCUAGAUGGGGUUCCCAUCAACUGUCUGGAAGUUCAUCCCAACGGGCGCCGACUUCUCAUCCAAACCAAAGACAGCACCAUUCGCAUUAUGGAUUUAAGACUAUUGGCUGUAAAGAAGUUCACUGGUGCCACCAACUACCGGGAGCGGAUCCAGAGCACCCUGACGCCCUGCGGCAGCUUCAUCUUCUCCGGCAGCGAGGACGGACUGGCCUACGUCUGGAACGCAGAGACUGGGGACCAGGUGGCUGUGUACUCAGAGCUCUGUUACCCCACUGCACUGAGGACGGCUGUUUUCCAUCCUCUGGAGAACAUGGUGGCCUUCUGUGCCUAUGGCCAAAGCCAGCCCAUCCACGUAUACCUGUACGACCACAAAGUGGCCCAGUUAGAGGUGGAGAACAUGAAGGCUCUGACCAAAACUGGCCCGGCAGACAGCCACACCCUGGCCGCGUUCCAGGACCCCAACGCCUCUGCCAUGGACCGCUUCGCAAGCGCCGCACGAGUCUCGCUUAAGCUGCAGCGCUUACAGGCUACUCUGGACUCUGUCAGGGAGCCGUAUCGAAGCACAGCUAGAGCAGACCUCCAGUACAAUCAAGGAGGGCUGUCACACCUGGGGAGGAGUCUCAACCAAGAGGUGGGGCUGUCUGCGUCGCUCCCCUCUCCUGCCCUCCUCUCGCCUCACUCCCAGCUGCAGAUCACUGGUCAACUAGCCACCCAACUGUUGCCACAUGCGACCAUCGCCACACAAGGCAGGGGGUUCAGUCCAGUGGGCUCCAGCCAUAGACACAGUCCAUCUCUGAUGCUCACCAGGGGGAGCUCUGAAUAUCCUGACUCAUCAAACGUGUCGGUAGACGCAAAUGUCCCUGUCAAUCAAACGGUCGUGUCCCUGUACGACUACACAGCAAAUCGCUCAGAUGAGCUGACGGUGCGGCGUGGUGACGUCAUCAACGUGCUGUACAAAGACAAUGACAGCUGGUGGUUCGGACAGCUGGCCAGCGGGCAGCAGGGCUACUUCCCCGCCACCUAUGUAGUGGACGAGAAGAGUUUCAAUGAGGAGAUGUCCCAGGCCCUAGAUGCACAGCUCUCCUCGCACCAGGAGGGGGCGCCCUCCGAGAGAGCCACUCCGACCAGGUUGUCGGCAGCCAUUAGUCGUACGGGCGAGCUGAGGAUCCUGUCUGAACAGGAUACGGAGCCAGAACAGUCCUCUAGCAGAACGGUGAGCAAGAAGGUGAAGAAGAAGGUGAAGAGGCGUGAGACGAUGGCGGCCUCCUCCGACUCGGAGGGCCCUCGCUCAGGAAGUCGCACCAGGAGGCCCCUCCCACAGCUGGGCAGGACCAGCGACACGUUAGAGUCGGACCGUUACUCCACCGAGCCGGGACCGUAACCAGGUCAGGUGACCCACGAGGAGGACUCCUCUGAUGCAGUAUAGAGUGUCCACAAGCUAUCCUUCCUCUCAGGACAACACUAAGCAUUUCAAGAAUUAAAGCUUUUAGGCAGCACAUUUUAAUAUUCUCUCUACAUCACAUUUAGCACAGUUGUAUGCUGAAGAAUUAAAGCUUGUAGUCAGUGAGUACAUGCUGUUAUGUAUCAGUUUUCUGUAUACAAUAGUUAUUUUAUUAUUAUUAUGUCAUAUAAUCUUCAUUUGCAAAUCUGCUGGCCAGUUGAGUGAUGAAGGGAAGAUGAGUAAUAUUUAGAAGUCUUGCAGGAGUAGCAGUAAUGGUACUAUGAUUUCUAAAGCAACACUAAUACCUAGGGUGCAUUCCAAUAUGCACACUCCCGCCCUCCACUUGUGUUUGUGGCCUCGCCCUGCCUCCUGGACCCGCCUCCAUGGAGAAAACAAUAAAGUUUCCCAGCUGUCAGCCUAGCCACAACACAUUUUGGGGACCGUUUUUCAUUCACCAUCCAAUUGCAAAUGAGAAAAUUACAUUAGAAUUGUGCUUUUGAAAGAUAUUUAAUUAAUUUUCUGUCGUCAGUGACAUCAUCAUGUGGUCACAAGCAGGCAAGUGACAGAAGUCCGCAUUUUGGAAUCCACCCCUGUAGUGGUAAGUGAGCAUGUGGGCAAUGUGUCAGCUAGUGGCAGUGCUGUUCAGCUGAUGCCUGGUGAUCCUCAUCAGCACACAUCAGGAGGGAAGGGCAUCUCUGACCUCAAAUCUUAUAGGUGCACUGUGUAAGAUUGUGGCCAGAGCAGGAAUUGCUGCUCAUUGAAACUGUGCUGCCUAUUGCCAAAUUGAUAUGAAUAUUAAUGAAUAUUAAUAAAUACUAAAACAAUUUACUAGUAUAACCAAAGGACUAAGUUUCGCAGCUAAAAAUGCCUAUUUCUGGAAAUUCAAAAUGGCGGAGCAUGGAGAAGAUCCCCCCCUUUCAAUGUAUGUAAAAUGCAAUUUUCCAACUUUAAAUUUAAUGGUGGUAGUAAGUAUUUGUUAAAAAGGUAACAUCAGUGAAUGGGACAGCGUGAAUUCUGGAAAUGAACUACUAAAAAUAUUACACAGUGCACCUUUAAGGGCAGAGUCCAGAGGUUAUAUGGCUAUGAGUGUGUAUUUGUGAUGUAUGUUUGGGCCAACUUUAAAUCUGAUGUAUUUUUGUACUUGACAUUUCUAUGAGUAGUGUUGCCAAGAGAUUUGCUUCUCUGAAUACAUGUUUUUUUAAAUAUAGUCUGUAUUUUGUAAGUGUGCAUAAUGUUUAUAUGAGAAUACAUGUCAUUCUGAAGCCAUGUUUGUGUUGAACAUGCACAGAACGUCUGUAGUUUAUGGUAAUUAUUCAAAUAACAGAAUUUGUACUAAAACAUUGAAAACAAA